AUAUAGGGCGAGGUUUUAAUAGUACAAUGAUUAACUUAAAAAGUUUGUGCAAAAAUCGUUACUCAAAUAGUUACAAAAGCGACGUGUUUGAUUAAAAAAAAGUAAAUUGAUUUGGCAUUUUAGUUAAAGUAAAAACUUUCAAAUAAAAUUUAUAAUUUAACAAGCCAAUUUUUAAUAUUGUGUUAUCUGAUUGACCUGAAAAUUGAAGCCCGUGCUUGACGUUCAAUUCAAUUUUAUUAUUGUAUCAGUGUGAAUAUAUCAGUUUAAAUUUGCUUUCGAAAUAGAGAAAAUCAAUUUGGAAGCAUAGAGUUUGUGUAGACCGAAUCCAAAUAAAAAAAAAGUAAAGGGGUGACGAUGUAAUCGGAUCACAGUAUAAGCAAACGCAGAAUAAAACUUGGAGAAAGAGAAGGCUGAACGAAACGAAGUGACAUGGCUGGCAAAGGAAAUGGUCAAGGAGCCAACAUGGCUAAAUUGGAAAAUCAAAUAUCGACCAUAAAAUAUUCCAUAUUCUGUUUCAACAUCAUUGCAUGGAUAAUUGGUGCUGGAAUGUUCAUUGCAACGGUAUGGAUUCGUGCGGAGAAAAGUUUUGAAGAAUGGAUCCAAAUAUUAGACAUAUACGUUUACUAUGUUGGCAUUUACAUUUUAAUUGCUGCUUCGGUGAUAAUAUUGAUUGUAUCAUUUUUGGGCUGUUGCAGUGCACUAAUGGAGCAUACGCAGGGAUUGUUUUUGUUUAUUGGAACGCAAUGUUUAGCAUUCAUCAUACAUGUGGCUGGAUCGGCUGUUCUAUUGGAUUACAGUACACUAAAUUCAAGCAUACAGCCAUUCAUUCGUGACUCAAUGAGACGUUUAAUCAUGUCAUCGUCUACACCUCAAUCAACGACCGUUUUGAAAAUGAUUCAGGAAAAUAUUGGUUGCUGCGGUGCAGAUGGGUCUAAUGACUAUAUUAUUAUGCGUCAACCAUUGCCAUCAACAUGUCGGGACACUGUAACGGGUAAUGCAUUUUUCCAUGGCUGUGUUGAUGAGCUGACCUGGCUACUUGAGGAUAAAAGUGGUUGGGUUGCCGGAUUGGCGAUGACACUUGCACUCAUUCAAGUUAUAAAUGUGGUGCUAAGCUUCGUUUUAAUUCAGGCACUUAAAAAGGAAGAGGAUGAGGCCAGAAACUACAGACAAUAAUUAUUAUUAUGCUAUUAUACUUUUGAAAUGAAGGAACGUUUCUUGCUGCCCAACAUAGACUAAUAUGUGCAUGAGAAUGCAUUCACUAACAUACGCGACAUUUUUGCACACAUUUAACGUCCAACGUUCAUAAUAAAUUUAUGAUUUUCUUCUUCUUUUUUUUAAUUUUUUUAUUUUAAAUUCAAUUAACAUUUUUAAUGCGUAGUUUUAAAGAAAAUUAGUGGUAUAUGUGUGAAAUUUUGUUCGUUCCAUUGAAAAUUCGUGUUCUUUAAUAAUCAUCCGUUUUAUUAUAGGAAAAGCAUUUACUACCUUAUAUAUUACAUAUGUAUAUCAAAUGACAAAAGGGAUAUGUUAUGCUGAAGUUUAACAUUUAAAGUUUAUGUAAUAACCGAUCCAAAUCCACUUUCAAUUGACAAUAGAGACAAUUUAUUGACGAUUUUAAUGCCAAAUGAAUUUUUUAUGAUUUUAUCGAGAAACAUGUUAACGAGACGUACUUGUAAUUUCAUAUUUUCAUUCCACAUUUUUCCAUUAAACGUAUAAUCACACUCGGUUUCGACGACAAAAACAGCUCUGAAGUACGCAUAGAACGAUUUUUUUUUGUUUUUAUACAUUUAUAUUUUAAGUUCGAAAUAAUUGAAAUAAAAACUCUGUGCCUUG